GGGCUGGAACUGACUCCUGUUUCCUCCCUCUCAGCGGCUCUGACUGUGAGUCCCAGCAGCUCUCAGUUCUUCAGAGGAGCCUCCGUGUCUCUGAGCUGUGAGGAGGACGGCAGCUCUGCUGGAUGGACUGUGAGGAGGAACACCAGCAGAGGAACCAGGACCCAGUGUGGAGCAGACUGGGGGAGACUGACCGGUUCUGCCUGUGGGAUGAGUGCUCUACACCCAUCAGACAGUGGAGCUUACUGGUGUGAGUCGGGCGGGGGGGCGGCCGGUCCCAGCGCCCCCCUCACUGUCUCUGGUGGACCAGUGAUCCUGCAGAGUCCUGUCCUCCCUGUGAUGGAGGGGGGGGCCCUCAAUCUGAGCUGUACAGCACGGGCCCCCCCCUCCAGCCCCACAGCCGAUUUCUAUAAAGAUGGCUCCCUCAUCAGGACGGAGCCUACAGGUCACAUGACCCUCCGGCCUGUUAGCAGGUCUGAUGAAGGCCUCUACAGCUGCUCCAUCGGGGGGGACAGGUCCCCCUCCAGCCGGGUCCGGGUCACAGAGAAACCUCCAACCUCGGCCCCGCCCACCUCUAUGACCACGCCCACCUCUGAAGCCCCGCCCCCUGACUCCUCCCCCCACCACCUUGGGUUCAUGCUGCUCCUCCGCCUGCUGGUGUUCUGCCCCUACUUCAUCUCCACCCUCCUCCUGGUGUCUGUGUACCGACUCAGAGCCAAAGGAAGUAAACAGCCCGUCUCCGUGGCGACGGCCCCGCCCCUCCAGGCUGAGCCGGGAUUGGACGAUGACUACGAUGACGUCACCACAGACCAUCAUUUCUGA